ACCUCCUACUGUUAUCUCAUCUCCUGGCUUGGACGAACCCCCAAUCCGCCGGGAGUGAAUGGCGUCCGCGUCGUCGGCGUCGCUUCGCCACCUCCUCCUGCUCCGCCCGCUUCGACCCGCCCGCCGCCUCCUCUGCGUCUCCUCCUCCUCGUCUUCUUCCUCGGUGCUGACCCAUGGAGACUCUUCUUCUUCUUCUUCUGCUUCUUCCGUGGGGGUGGUGGAGUUGAACCCGCCGCGGGGUACCAGGGACUUUCCCCCGGAGGACAUGCGCCUCCGCACCUGGCUCUUCGACAACUUCAGAGAGGUGUCCCGCUUGAUGGCCUUCGAGGAAGUGGACUUCCCCGUGCUGGAGUCCGAGGCGCUCUUCAUCCGCAAGGCCGGGGAGGAGAUCACGCAGCAGCUGUAUAACUUUGAGGAUAAAGGGGGCCGCCGUGUUGUUCUCAGACCCGAAAUCACCCCUUCCCUCGCACGCCUAGUCAUCAAGCAAGGAAAAUCAGUCUCCCUUCCACUGAAAUGGUUUACUAUAGGACAAUGCUGGCGAUAUGAACGCAUGACAAGAGGAAGACGGCGUGAGCAUUAUCAAUGGAACAUGGAUAUCUUUGGUAUGCCUAAAGUUCGGGCCGAGGCUGAACUUCUUCAAGCUGUUGUUCUCUUGUUUCAACGUCUUGGAAUUACAUCCUCAGAUGUGGGGAUCAGACUGUCCAGCCGAAAGGUUCUUCAGGCUGUGUUGAAUAUGUACUCCAUACCAGAACACUUGUUUACUCAAGUUUGUGUUAUUGUUGAUAAAUUGGGAAAACUGAGUAGAGAAGAUAUUGAGAAGGAACUAAUUACGACUGGACUGUCGUCUGAAGCUGUACAGGGUAUCAUUGAAGUGCUUUCUCUCAAGUCACUAUCCAAACUUGAAGAGGUGCUAGGCCCUGGUGUUGAAGCUGUUUCUGACUUGAAGAAGCUCUUCUCAUUUGCUGAGCAAUAUGGUUACGCUGAUUGGAUCUGUUUCGAUGCAUCUGUUGUUCGUGGCCUUGCAUACUACACAGGGGUUGUUUUCGAGGCUUUCGAUAGAGAAGGGGAACUGAGAGCAAUUUGUGGUGGGGGAAGGUAUGAUAAGCUACUUUCAACAUUUGGAAGUGAAGAUGUACCAGCCUGUGGCUUUGGAUUUGGAGAUGCUGUUAUAGUUGAACUGCUGAAAGAAAAGGGUCUUCUGCCUGAUCUAUCACGUCAGAUAGAUGAUAUUGUCUUCCCAUUGGAUGAGGAUCUUGAAGAACCAGCAUCUAGUGUUGCAUCCUCUCUGCGAAAGAAAGGCAGAUCUGUAGAUCUUGUAGAAGACAAGCGUCUUAAAUGGGUGUUCAAACAUGCAGAGAGGAUAAAUGCUAGCAGGCUGAUUUUGGUUGGCAAAUCUGAGUGGGAACGAGGCAUGGUCCGUGUGAAGAUACUAUCAACCAGAGAAGAAUUUGAGGUCAGCGCAGGCGAGUUGCAGUAACUGUUAGUCAAUCUGAAAGUUUUACUUCCAAGUUCCAAACCUAUAGCCCUAUCUUUUUUCUAAUCAUCUUCCACUGUUAGUCUUCCCUCUGCAACAUUCUAAGAAGUUGUGUCAUUCAUAUCAUAUAUAUAGGAAGUGUACGAUGCCUGCCAUGGUUGAGUGAAAUUUGCUUUCCCAUGUUAUUCAUAUCAAUCUGAAAGUUUUACUUCCAA